ACACGCAGGCGGACCACUGGCGACGGGAGCCACUGACAGGUCGCGGACCGCUCGUAUAAAAGUGCAGCUGAGAGUGAUUAGGGAAGGCAUUCGUCAUGAUGGGCCCACUGGUGAAUGUGCUGCUGGGAGCUGCCUUGCUGUGCCCUGCGCUGGCAGACAUCACUCCCCGCGUGCAGUGCGGCGAGGUUGACGGCGACAUUUACCAGUUCUCAGCCAAGACGCUGGAAAAUGGUACCGACGUGAGCUUCCAGGAGUACAGAGGGAAGGUGGUGCUGGUGGUGAACGUGGCCACCUACUGUGGGGGCACCAUUCCCACCUACACCCAAAUGAACGCUCUGGCUGAGUUCUACGUCGACGAAGACUUUGAGAUCCUCGGCUUCCCCUGUAACCAGUUUCUGAAGCUGGAGCCGGGAACGAACAGUGAAAUCUUGAACGGAAUUCAAUACGUUCGUCCGGGUGACGGGUUCGAACCCCUGAUGACGCUGUUCCAGAAGACUGAGGUGAACGGCGCCACUGAAGACCCGCUAUUUACGUUCCUCAAGAGUGCCUGCGCAUCUACGUUCACGGAGUUCUACUCUGGUCUCUUUUAUGAGCCCAUCACGAUUGGAGACAUUCAAUGGAACUUCGAGAAGUUUCUGAUCGGCAAAGAUGGUAAGCCAUUCUCGCGCUACCAUCCGUCAGUUCAAGAUCCCGAAGCCCUCAAGGAUGACAUCAACACCCUUCUAAAUGCAUAGGGCACUCAGGCAAACUUCCAGCCACUCCCGAAGACCUCUGCCUCCUGUCCUUGACCUUCCAGCGGUAUACUAAGACCUCUGCCUCCUGUCCUUUACCUUCCAGCGGUAUACUAAGACCUCUGCCUCCUGUCCUUGACCUUCCAGCGGUAUACUAAGACCUCUGCCUCCUGUCCUUUACCUUCCAGCGAUAUACUAAGACCUCUGCCUCCUGUCCUUGACCCUCCAGCGGUAUACUAAGACUUCUGCCUCCUGUCUUUGACCUUCCAGCGACAUACUAAGACCUCUGCCUCCUGUCUUUGACCUUCCAGCGGCAUACUAAGACUUCUGCCUCCUGUCCUUGACCUUCCAGCGACAUACUAAGACCUCUGCCUCCUGUCCUUGACCUUCCAGCGGCAUACUAAGACUUCUGCCUCCUGUCCUUGAUCUUCCAGCGGCAUACUAAGACUUCUGCAUCCUGUUCUUAACCUUCCAUCUACUCAAGAACACUCCUCACCCCUUUCCUUAACCUUCCAGUUGAUCUUGAAUAAUCAUGCAUUCUCUUCUUGAAGUCCGAGUUGAGGCUCCACGACGUGUCCCUUCCAAAGCUCUUUUCGAGGGCGGCGUCCAAGGCAGGCAGGAGGUCGUGGUCUCUGACACUAGUUGAGUGUCCAGUCUUCGUGCUGUUGAAAAGUCUGCGCGGAAGACACACAACGUGAUUAUCAAAGAAUUUGUAAUAAUUCAAA